GCACACAUCCCUCAAAUUUCUUUCAGGCAGUAUUUUAGUCGCCUUCUGUUUCUGCAUGCACUCCCCCACCUCCUCCUCCUCCUCCUCCUCCUCCCUCUGCCUCGGACACUCACAAACAUUGAGGCUUUUUGCACAAGUGAAAAAUAUUCCAGUGUUUCUGACAUUUCUAUUACUUGCACCAAGCUCUAUUCUAACUUGUUAAAUUGUGUAUUUUUUGGGGGGGUCUUUAAUUAAAACAUUCAUUCUCACUCCCUUGCUCCAGCUGAACAGUGGGACAGAGCAGCUGUCGCAGUCCGUCAGUCACACUGCAUUAGAGAGGGCUUUAAGCAUGCCCAGAGAGAGCUAGAAAUGUGGGGUGGAGUUGAAGUGGUUGGACAAGAAGUUGGGAAACGCUGUAUUUGUGUGUAACUUAAAACCACAGAAGGUGACAGCAGCUAUCAGCCUGCUAGAGAUCCAGAUUGACCCAAAUCCAAAAGGAUCCAGGACCACAGACAGAGACCGGCAGCUUUAGAUUUCCUGUUUGGGGCGCUCUGGCCCUCCUACUUGGACUCCUUCAAACAUGGAGACUCAACAGUGCAGGAAGGAGGACUCUAACACCAAAGAAGAAGGUGCUGCUGUGGAUGCAGAGCUAUCUAAAGCCAUAAUGGCUCGGUGUUUCCACCCCUCUGUGAUGGGCCCGGAGGCCUGGGAGGGAUACGUCUUUUCUGACCUGGAGAUCCGAAUCAAAGAGUCCACAGACCUGUAUGGAGCCGUACUCUGGCCCUCGGCGAUGGUGUUGUGUCAUUUCUUAGAGACCAAUCGAGACGAAUACAACCUGUUGGACAAAAAUGUGAUUGAACUGGGUGCUGGAACUGGACUCGUCUCCAUCGUGUCCAGCCUGUUAGGUGCUAAGGUGACCUCCACUGACCUGCCGGCUGUGUUGGGGAACCUCCAGUACAAUGUUAUGCGCAACACUAAGGGCCUAUGCAAGUACAUCCCUCUGGUCACAGAGCUCUUUUGGGGUCCGGAGGUGGUGCAGCGUUUCCCGCAUGCCUCCCAUCAUUUCGACUACAUCCUGGCAGCUGACGUGGUGUACUCCCAUCCUUACCUUGAGGAGCUGAUGGACACCUUUGACCACCUAUGCCAGGACAACACACAGAUCCUGUGGGCCAUGCGCUUUCGUCUGGACCCAGAGAACAGCUUCGUUGACCGCUUCCGGCAGCGCUUCCACCUGGAGGAGCUGUACGACCUCCCCAGUCUUAGCAUUAAACUGUACCGAGCCUGGAGGAAGGUCAAGAGGACCAAGGGCCAGGGAGAGGCGGCUGCCUGAACUGUGUAUAUUCAGUGUUUGUAUGUGUGUGUGUGUGUGUGUGUGUGUGUGUGACUGCCGAAUUAUGUAUGUACGAAAUGUGUAUGUUUUAUUUAUUCAAGUGUUUUCAUGGAUAUCGUGUGUAAAUGUCUCUUCGUCAAUAAGGCUUUAUGAUGUUUGUAGUUUGAUUCUAUGCCAGAAUAUCACAAUAUCAAGUUGUGAUCCAUGUUUUAUUAUAUUUUUUACAGUAUUUACUGGUGUAUCUAUCAACUGGAAACAUUUAAAUAUAAUGCAAUACUAUUUGACAACACCACAACUUCCAAAAUGACCAUUGAAUUCACUCUGACACACGUCGUAUUUAUUGCUGAUCUGAUUAUUUAGGUGAACUUUUUUUUAAAGCUGGUUGCAUCCAUCAGCAGCACGAUCUCAAACGUCUGGCUGACGAUGUUGUUUUGUUCCAGUCGGUUUACAGCUCGGAUGAUGUACAUGCCUCUGGAUUUUUCCAGUGGAUUUCUGGUGACCUUGUGGAUUUUAUUUAGGAGCUCUGCUGCUGGGUGACUUCUCAUGGACAACAUUUCCAGGUUUUAUCACCUUUAGAAGUACCAGUUUCAACAAGGACAGGAGAAGCAUGUGUGUUUAUUUCAGUAUCUCAAUAACUAUUGACUGGAUAAUGUUGGAAGAGUCACUGAUAUUUCCCUUAAGAUGAAUCCUCUGGGGACCAUGAAUGAAAGGAGCAUUGACCUGAUAACGUCAAUAACAGUCAGCAGAAAGCAAAGCUAAGCUUUAAAGUACAACUGAGGCUGGUGAAAGUUUAGCAGUUCUCACAAGCAAUGUAGAGCUGAACCUGACAAGACGGACACCGUUGUGACUAAUUGGCCCAAUACCGACCUUAGUUUAUCUUUGGUUGCUUGCUUCCUCCGUCUUGCUGUGGUUGUUGAUUGCAGACUGUGGUUUCUAUAGCUUUGUUAGUACUGUGGCGUAUUGUUUUGUGACGCUUAAUUGUGUUAGUUUUUGGAGAAAGAACCAUUUCAUCUCCAGCGCUCCAAACACACUGAGACUACCCAUCUGUGUCUACUUAUUACCUGAUUGUGAGGCGUGACCCAUCACCAACAUGUUCACUGCCCCCCUGUGGCGUGGCAUACUAAUACCCACAAAAUGUAAACUAGUCUUUCAAAACCAAAAAAACAGCCAUUUUGGCUCCAACGACACUGUACAGAGGAUAAGCCCCUAGGAUUUAGGUGACAAUACAACCUUUUCUCUGGCACCACCCUCAGGCCAAACAUUACAUUUUUUCUGAGAAUUAUCACCUGAAUCUAUAGCUACCUUCAGCUUUUAGGAGCUUCAUAGCGACUUUCAGCUCAUUGUUUAGCGGUCCGAGUGCAACUUUAAUGUUUUGAAUCACUUUCACCGCUCUCAUAGCCUCUUUUUCAGCUAAAAAGCUUUAAAAACGCACUGUAGACUACUUGCCCAGCACAAAACAGCAGACAGACAGUUAGCAACAAGCUGGUGAACAUAUCGGAGCAUUUAGCAACUAAAGCGGCAGAUAUUUCCCUGUUGGUGGAGACCAAAAACGGAGCUAAAAGAGCAUGAGUAUUGGACUCACAUUCACCAGGUGGACGCAAACACGACUCCAAAUAAAUGAUAAUGUUGCUCCGUAACUAAUAAGCAACUGUUUGCUACCAAGUUUUCCAAAUCCACUUAAAAGAUGAUAAUAUAUCGAUGUUGUGUUCCCAGCUUGAGCCCCCCAAAAAUCAGUUAUUAUUUACAGCCUUUACAGGUCUGAUGUUUAAUUUGUACUUCCUGGUAAUCACAUUUUUGGGACAGUAACGUAUAUAAAAGCACAACAUUGUUAUUGCUAAACGUUUUAAAAAUAUGUUGUUAUUAUUUUAGACUUUUAUGUUUUUCACUUCUGCAUGACGUCACAUGCAUGAAAAGCCCACAAAUAAUAAUGAGGUUUUCCCUCAUAAUAUAAUAAUAUAUACUACAGUACAGCAGGAAAUGAAUAGUAUUUUAGAUAAUUAUUAGUUGCGAUAGUUUUUUAUUAACCAAAUGCACUUAGCAAAUCCAACAAAUUCAAUAAUUAUUUGCAACAUUUAUGUUAACCCUUAGAUGAGACUUCUUUGGGUAACAUUUCACUAGUGAAACGCUUCAACAAGGUCUAACUAAAGAUCACAUCCAUAUUGGGCAGUAUAGUGCUGCUUUAGUAAGAUGAGUCGUGUCUGUUAUUUUGGAGACUCACCAGUUAGCUUGAUUAUCUUGGAAAGAGCGAGUUAAAGUCAUCUGUUAUCAAUGUGACCUAUUAAAUAUGAUAUCUAAUUCAUGA